UCCAAGCAAGUCAGUUGUUCUGGGUGUGUGAGCGAGUGAGCAGCAAGUCGAGGAAAGAAAAAUCAGCUCCUCACCUCGCGUACGAUUGUUUUGUUUGAUGGACGACGCGAAGAACUAGGAAUCGAAAAAAUCGGUCGUUGAAAUUUUGCGGCAUAAAAAGUGACUUCCGUUGCGUGAAUCUGUGCUGAAAGUGUUGCUUAAUGUGGUCCGCCGCGGCGUCGAGUGGAAUUGCACCUUGAUUCUGUUUGUUGUUGUUCUGUGAGCGCGGAUCGUCGUCAGGAUGGAGGAGGACACGGAGUACAAAAAGUUGCCCAUCGACGAGCGGUGCGUGCACAAGGUGUGGAAGGCCCGCGUGGAUGGCUACGAGGAAGCGGCCAAGCUGUUCCGGACGAUUGACGAUGAAAAGUCUCCGGAAUGGAACAAAUAUCUCGGCUUGAUCAAGAAGUUUGUGACCGACAGCAAUGCGGUGGCGCAGGAGAAGGGCCUGGAGGCGGCGCUGGUGUUUGUGGAAAACAGUGGCAAUGCGGGCAAGACCGUGGGCGAAGUCAUGGGCGGAAUCAUCACCAAGUGUAUCGGCGCUCCGAAGGCCAAAACCAAGGACCUGGCGGUGCAGAUUACGUUGAUGUACGUUGAGAUUGAACGGCAUGAAGUUGUGCUGGAAGAGCUGCUCAAGGGCACGGACCAGAAGAACCCGAAAAUUGUGGCGGCUUGUGUGGCCGCGGUGACACAGGCGCUGCGUGAGUUUGGCAGUAAAGUGAUGAGCAUCAAGCCGAUCGUCAAAAAGCUUCCCGCCCUGCUGAGCGAUCGUGACAAAGCGGUUCGUGAUGAAGCCAAAACGCUCACCAUCGAGAUCUACCGCUGGAUUGGGGCGGCGUUCAAGUCGCAGAUUGCCUCGCUGCCGGCCGUUUUGCUGGCCGAGCUGGAAGCGGAGUUUGAAAAGGUCAGCGGAGAGAAGGCCGUUCCGACGCGGUAUCUCCGGUCACAGCAGGAGAAACAGAUGCUGGCCGCGGUUGCCAUUAGCAGUGGUGAGGUGGACGAUGGCGCCGAUGCCGAUGAGGUCGAUGAGGCCGAAGAGAUCGACCCGAUGGACCUGAUCGAUCCGGUCGACAUCUUGUCCAAGCUGCCGAAGGACUUUUAUGAAAAGUUGGAGGCAAAAAAGUGGCAGGAGCGGAAGGAAUCGCUCGAGGCGUUGGAAACGUUGCUGCAGAAUCCAAAGCUGCAGCCGGGCGACUACGGUGAUGUGGUUCGCGCUCUCAAGAAGGUCAUCACCAAGGACUCAAACGUGGUGCUGGUCGCGCUCGGUGGCAAGUGUUUGGCCAUGCUGGCCAAGGGGCUGGGAAAGAAGUUUAACACGUACGCCGGGGCCUGCGUUCCGGCCGUGCUUGAAAAGUUCAAGGAAAAGAAGACGAACGUCGUGACGGCGCUGCGCGAUGCGAUCGACGCCAUGUAUCCGGCCACGACGCUCGAAUCCAUCCAGGAGGACAUCCUGGAGGCGUUGGCCAACAAGAAUCCCAGCGUAAAGAUGGAAACUGCAUCAUUCCUGGCGCGAGCCUUCUCCAAGACGGUGCCGACCAUACUCAACAAGAAGCUGCUGAAGGCGUUCGUGACGGCACUGAUCAAAACGCUGAACGAGUCCGAUCCGGCCGUUCGAGAUGCGUCCGCCGAGGCGCUCGGAACGCUGAUGAAGCUGGUCGGCGAGAAGGCCAUCGGUCCGUACAUUGCGGAGGUGGACGCCCUCAAGCAGGCCAAGAUCAAGGAGUGCUGCGAUAAGGCCGUAAUAACGGUGAAGAUUCCCGGCCCGAAAAAGGAGCGACCUGCUACGGCUCCUCCCAAGACGAACGCCGGACCGGCUACCGGUGCGGUCAAGAAGGGUGGAUCGACGGAGCCCAAACCGGUGGCGAGACCGGCCACGGCUGGAGUGAAGAAACCAGCAGCCACGAAGAAAGCAGCAGCCGGUGGUGGAGGAUCGGGCGUUGCCAAGUCCGCAAGCGCUUCUAAAGUCCUCCCAACAGAACGAGACAUGUCGCAGGAAGAGAUCGACGACCGGGCCGCGGAGAUUCUGCCCGCGGACGUAACUCAAGGCCUCGGAGAUUCCAACUGGAAGACGCGACUGGCAGCGGUCGAAUCUCUCACCGGAGUUAUUGCUGAUUUGGACCCGAAAGGUGGCCACUCCCAGGUGGUUCUGCGGACACUCGCCAAGAAGCCCGGCCUUAAGGACACCAACUUCCAAGUGCUCAAGGGGAAGCUCGAGAACGUCCGAGCGGCGGUCGAAAGGCUUGGCAUCACCGCAACGACGGCCGAUUACAUCAUGAACGACAUCACGGAGAAGCUGGGUGACGCCAAGAAUAGCGGGCCGGCCGGACUGGCCCUGACGGCGAUUGCCGAAGCCAUCAAGCUGGAAUAUGCCGUGGCGAAGGUGAUGGAAUUUGCGUUCGAGCAAAAGUCGCCAAAAGUGCAACAGGAAGCGCUAACCUGGGUCAACAAUGCCAUCAAAGAGUUUGGCUUCCAGGUCAACCCAAAGCUACUGCUCGAAGACUCCAAGAAGGCGGUGCAGAGCAUAAAUCCGGCCGUGCGAGCCGCCGGCAUUACCUUGCUCGGAACGAUGUACCUCUUCAUGGGCAACACGCUGGCGAUGUUCUUCGAGAACGAGAAGCCGGCGCUGAAGCAGCAAAUUCAGACCGAGUUUGACAAGUGCGCCGGCCAGCGACCUCCGGCCCCGACCCGGGGACUGUCCAAGUGCGCGAGCAAGGCCUCGGUGGACGACCUCGACGAUGAUGGCGAGGUCGAAGAACAGCCGGCGAUCAACAUGAACGAUCUGUUCCCACGCGUGGACAUUUCGUCGCAGAUUACGGAGGCACUGUUGGCGGAAAUUUCCGACAAAAACUGGAAGACCCGCAACGAGGGGCUUGAAAAGUUGAGGGCGAUCAUCGCCGAGGCGAAACUGAUCAAGUCCAACCUGGGAGAUUUGCCACAGGUAUUAGCCCAGCGGUUGGUCGACAGCAAUGCCAAGAUUGCCCAGACUUCGGUGGAGCUUUGCCAGCAGAUUGCGGUCGCGAUGGGACCUCCGAGCAAGCAGUACGUGCGUGUUUGGUUUCCGGGCAUUGUGAAGGGUCUUGGCGAUAGCAAGGCGUUCAUCCGGAGUGCGUGCAUUACUUGUAUCAACAUCAUGGGCGACCAGGCUGGCUAUAAGGAGUUUUUCGAGAGUGAAAUGAUUGCCGAUGCGCUGAAGACGGGCAGUCCGGCACUCAAAACCGAAGUGUGGGGCUGGUUGGCGGAAAAAUUGCCCGGACUGCCGACCAAGAGCAUCCAGAAGGACGAGUUGCACUCGUUGCUGCCUCAUUUGUACGCCAACAUCUGCGAUCGGAAUGCGGACGUGCGCAAGAAUGCCAAUGAAGCCGUGCUGGGAAUCAUGAUCCACUUGGGCUACGAAGGCAUGGUUAAAGCGCUCGACAAACAGAAGCCCACCUCGAAGAAGGACAUUCAGGCGGCGCUGGACAAGGCACGGCCAAACUUACCGGUCAAGCCACUUCCGAAGAAUAAACAGCAAGCGCCGAUCGUCGAGGAGCCGACAAAGGUGGUCCGCCCAGGAACGGCCAAGGUGCAGAAGGCAGCCGCGGGAGGAGCAGCCAAGGCAAAUCCAGCUCCCACUUCCCGCAAGAAAGAGGAAGAGGUCGACACUUCACCGUUGCUGGCAAUCAACAACAUGAAGAGCCAACGCUUGCUGGACGAGCAAAAGCUAAAGGUUCUCAAGUGGACUUUCACAACUCCGCGGGAAGAGUUCACCGACCUGCUGAAGGAGCAAAUGACAUCGGCGAACGUCAACAAAGGCCUCAUUGCGAACAUGUUCCACGACGACUUUCGCUAUCAUCUCAAGGUGAUCGAUGCCCUAAUCGAGGAUUUGCCCAAAAACGACAAAGGUUUGAUCUGCAAUCUGGACCUGAUCAUGAAGUGGCUCUCGCUACGUUUCUACGACACCAAUCCGUCGGUACUGCUCAAGGGACUGGACUACCUCAACCUGGUCUUCCAGAUGCUCAUCGAGAGUCAGUACGUGCUGGCGGAGAACGAGGGCAGUUCUUUCGUGCCGCAUCUCCUCACCAAGAUCGGUGACCCGAAAGACGUCGUCCGCAACGGAGUUCGUUCGCUGCUGCGUCAAAUCUGCCUGGUUUAUCCCUUCGCGAAGGUGUUUGUCUUCAUCAUGGAUGCGCUCAAGUCGAAGAACGCUCGCCAACGGGCCGAAUGCUUGGACGAACUGGGCUAUCUGAUCGAAACGUACGGCCUAACGGUGUGUCAACCCACGCAACAGGCGGCGCUCAAGGAAAUUGCAAAACACAUCUCCGAUCGAGACAACUCGGUUCGCAACGCCGCGUUGAACACGGUCGUGCAAGCUUACUUCCUCGCCGGCGAAAAGGUCUACAAGCUGAUUGGUCAACUGUCCGAAAAGGAUCUGUCCAUGCUGGACGAGCGCAUCAAGCGGUCCAAGAAGACGGCUGCCGUGAAGAAACCUGCCACCAUCGAAAUCGUCAAGGUACCGUCCUCGGUGGAAGUGCACGCGCCCGACAGCGAUCCCGUCGUCGUGGAGGAGGAAGAUAUUGUCGUCCCUCCCAUGGAGCAGCCGGAAGAGGCCAUCCCCGUCGUACGUAAACGUAGAUCGGUUGUGUUUAACGAUACCAUCAGAUUCAAUGAUAGCACUUCGGGGCGGUUUAACGACGAGGUAGAUGAAACGGGUCAAAACGCACACAAAAGACUGCGCGAAGAGCCGAUCCUCAACAGUCCGGUUCCAACCAAGAAACCGCCGGAGGUUGUCAAUCCGCCCAGCAGACCGAGCGGUCCCUUUAAGCUGGACGAAAACGUGAUCGCCGAGAUCGAGUGUAACUGGGUUAAGGCCGAGCAGCACCGCAAGCUGGACUUGCCAAAGAUUGACGUUUCGUUCAUCUACGACUCGAUCACGGUGAUUCCGGUGCGGGGCGUGGCCUAUCCGGAGGACAAGUUCCAGCAACUGCUAGCGCGCACGUUGCACCGGCCAAUCAGUGCCCACUCGCGGGACUACGCGAUGAGUCCACCGUCGCAUCUGCGCUCGCCAGCUUACGGCGGCGGCGGAUCGAACAAGCCAAAACCAACUGCAAACUUGGCUGACGCAUUACCCAAACUGGACCCGAACCUGCUACGCAUCAUCCGCGGCAUCGGAAGCGCCGACGUGUACACCGCUCACGCCGCCAUCAACGAGCUGUCGGACAUACUCGAGUCCCAGGAGAAGCAGGCCGUCCUGCGGGACUACGAAGAGAUUUACAUACAGAGUAUACUGCAGCAGUUUAAGUACUUGCAACAGAAGCCGCUUGCGGAGUCGCUCGCCAUGUAUCAGCCGCUGCUACACAGCAUCUACUCGUUCUUUGCGUCCAAAACGCUCGGCAAGAACCUCUCGGUGAACACCAUCAAGAGUCUGAUCGCCGUACUGCUGGGCCUGAUGGCGGACAACAAGCUCGGCGGCAGCACGGACGACGCCCAGUUUACCAAGGUGGUGAACGGGAUCUGUCUGAAGAUACUGGACCGCACCAACUUUACCAACCUGAACUGUGCGUUGAUCCGGCUGCUGAAGGAAUCUUGCCAGACGAGUUGUUUGCCCAAGUUUACGGAUCUGCUCAUGAAGUGCAUUUGGCGAAACGUUAAGGUUAUCCCCGACCGCCUGCCGGACUUGGACUACGACGCGGUCCUGCUCGAGGUGCACGAGUUUAUGCUGGCCCUGCCGAGCAUAUGGUGGCAGCAGCGGCCGUCGGACACCCCCCUCCGCACCGUGAAAACCAUCAUCCACAACAUGACAAAGAUCAAGGGCAACACGAUUCUGCAGCACCUGAACAAGAUCCCGAGCCACUCCGAGCUGAACACGUACAUCCUGCGAAUACUGAAAAAUCUCAACAAAGAAUCGUCGUCGGCGGCGACGGUGGCAACCGCGAACAACCAGCAUGCCGCGGCCGUGGCCAACUCCAACAGUGAAAACAACAACACCCAGCAUCGCCACGGCAGCCGGCCGGUGCACGAAACCCACGAGGAGGUGUCGAACAUUUUCAAGCUGAUUUCCAACACGGACACCAGCCAGGAGGGGCUGGCCAAGCUGCACGAGUUUAAGUCAAGGAACGCCGACGUGGACAUUCUGCCCUUCCUGAAGGGAGCGAGCGUAAGCUUCCAAAAGUACAUCAUCGAUGGGCUGGCGGAGCUGGACGCCAAGAAUCAAGGACUCGGCGAUGGAAAUAACAAAGCCAUGGCGGGAAAUCGCGUUGCUGCUUCCACCAUCAAUCCGGACUACUGGAUGGAGCGGCUAAACUCACUCAUGACUAAAACCAACCCAGGUCAGCCGAACAGCGCCACGGUCAACGGUCAGUACUCGGACAACAAAAUCACGGACGAAAACCUUAACGUGAACCAGCUGCAGCAGCCGAAGGUGAACCUGCUGCGGAAGGAGGUCGGCGGUGGUCUCGGCUCGGGCCUGACGGUUCCCAUGGGCGGGGGAGGGGUCGGCGGCGUCGGCGGUGGUAACUCCGGCAGCAUCUCGAUGCACCGAAGAGAGCUGUUGGCACAAAAACUCGAACAGAUUAAGCAGCAAAAGUGAGCGGGCUUCACUGCUGGACGGUUUGUGUGUGAGUGAAAUUGUGCGAGGUACUAGAAAAAGAAACUACAGGAAGCGGAGAGUGAACCAGGUUGAACAAGAUGAUCAACUUGCUUUAAAUCAAUUUCUUGCUGGUCCUAAAAAAAAGAACAACAUCCAGUGUAAGUCGCGGUUGAACUUGAACUUUUUUUUUCUGUUCUAGAUUUUGUAAGUAGGUCACGACACGCAAAACGCACUUAAUCAACCAACCAACCAACAGUUUGCAGUUUGGGACGAUUGUUACUAUUGUUCCCACGCGCUUGUUUUAGUGUAGAGACUGUCUGUUUUAUGCUUUGACAGUAUUGUUUUAUUGUACCAAGACUAUUAAAAAUAGGCUGAUUAAGAUGAUGAUGAUCUACAAGAGAUGGCCUUAGAAGCAACAAAACAAAAAAGAAAACACGAACCGAUAUUCCAAUCUGUUACUUGCUUGCACUUGAACUUAUUUAUGUUUCUUUUUAGUAACCAAUUAAUAAACACCAGAACACAUACAGCUAAUCAGUAACUAUACCACAUAUAGCAAUGAAUCACCGUAAUAAAUCCUAAUUCUAAAGACACGUUACACGACAACAACUACAACACGCUACCCAGAAGCUGGCAUGCCAAGUUUUGUGAUUGUUUCUCUUACCAAUUUGACUGUUUUGAAAUCGGAGAAAAAGAGGUAAAUUUUUAAUCGAUAAGCACUGAUGUUAAGUUACGUUCCUGGCUGAAAUAAUGAGCGCGCACGCGCUGAGCUGCAGCAGUUACUGUUCAAAUUUGAUCACAUUUAGACUGAUGCAAAAGCAUACCAUUUCGAAUAGUUACGUUUAUUGAUUACGGCAGAGAGAAAACACACAAAACACAUCCAUUUAGUAUUAUUCGAAUCUCUUAAAAAACACAGAACCUAUCGUUUUCGUCCGUUCGUAAACAACCGAUAAUAAGGCGCAAGUUUUUACAACUUUACUGUUGACACGUUUUACUUUGUUUUGCUAAUCGUUCCAAGCUUUCGUUAAUCAAUCAUAUCACGAAUUUAUACCUUACUAUUUCUCUUUGAGUACGUUGAGUUUUCCGUUUGUAGUUGAAAAAAGCGAAUCACACAAAGGCACAUGCUUCAAAAAUAGUAACUGCUAAAUAUUUAAAUAAUAACACUGACAAACAAAAAAAAAAACAAGAAGCAAACUCACACACUCUGCAAAUACUACAAUAGUCAAAGUUGGGAAAAGGAAAAUGACUCAAAAGUAUGUGUACACUAGUGGCGGCGUCCAUGCCCAGUUAGGUGUGUGUGAUCGAAAAGAAUUUAUACUCAAUCGCGUUUGACUUUUUCCUCCAUCUUCUCAUAGGCGUCAUAGUUCGAGGGGGAGGUCAUCAUUCAAAUUGCCUUUUUCUUGUUUUAUCUUUGUUUGCUUGAGAACCUUUCUUUUUGUAGAAAAAAAAAAA